CCUGCCCCACUCGACGUCCUGCCAAUCCCUCACACCGAACGAAAGCGACUGGGAUAAAGGGUCCUGCGCAGAUAAGUUUCAUACUGAGAGGACUGGGCCCGCCAUGAGUUUCCUGUUCAAGACCCGCCCGCGCACGCCUGCGGAGCUGGUUAAGGGCACGAAGGAUGCGAUGUCAAAGCUUGAUCUUGGGGAUCGGAAGAAGGCGAACGAAGAGAUUUCGAAAAACCUCAUAUUGAUGAAGACGAUACUAUAUGGAGACGGAGAUAGUGAUCCAAUUCCAGAACAAGUUGCACAAUUGUCACAAGAAGUGUACAACAACGACCUCCUACCAUUGAUGAUACAAAACAUUGCCCGCUUUGAGUUUGAGGCCAAGAAGGACGUAGCGCAAAUCUUCAACAACCUCCUCCGCCGGCAAAUCGGCACCCGCUUCCCAACAUCAGAAUACAUCGGCACACGCGAGGACAUCCUCGUAGCGCUGAUACAUGGCUACGAGAACCAGGAGAUUGCGCUGAACUGCGGCAUGAUUCUCCGGGAAUGCAUCCGGCAUGAGUCCUUGGCGAAAUCGAUAUUGGAGUCCCCCCAGUUUUGGAAGUUCUUUGAUUAUGUGGAGCUGUCGACUUUCGAUGUUGCUUCGGAUGCGUUUGCUACGUUCAAGGAUUUGUUGACAAAACACAAGCCAUUAGUAGCGGAUUUCCUUUCAAGAAACUAUGACGCGUUCUUCGAGAAAUACACGAAACUCCUCAACUCGAACAACUACGUCACCAAGCGGCAAUCGUUGAAGUUGCUGGGAGAGUUACUCUUGGAUCGAACGAAUUUCACCAUCAUGUCCAGAUACAUCUCCAACGCGGAAAACCUGAAGCUGAUGAUGAACCUGUUACGGGAUAAGAGCAAAAACAUCCAGUUCGAGGCAUUCCAUGUGUUCAAAGUGUUCGUGGCAAACCCAAACAAGCACAAAUCGAUACUGGACAUCCUACAAAAGAACAGGGAUAAACUUAUUACCUUCUUGUCCAAUUUCCAUAACGAUCGAUCGGACGACGAGCAGUUCAACGACGAAAAGGCGUUUUUGAUCAAACAGAUCCACGACCUGUAGGGUGGUGUCGAAUACGCCGGCGUGAUUACAUCAGGAGAACGGGUGAACGGGUUGGGGGUCGUUGCGCUGUUACGGAAGCCGACAAUGCUGACGCAGGGAAAAGACGUAGGCAGCGGCAGGGCGUAUAUGGAUUUUUUCGGGCA